AUGGAGCGUAAACCGAGUGUCAAAGAUAAAGACCACAAUUUCAUUUUUCAAAAAUCUGAGGUCUUCGAGGCUGCCAAAAAUGGGGAUUACGAUAAAAUUGCGAUAUUCUUGUCAAGCGUCAAAGUCAAGAAAAAUCGUGUGCCAAUCAACUUUUUCCGACCUUCUUGCGAUACACACUGGUUACUUCACUAUCGCGACGACAAGUCCGAAUACACAUUGUUGCACCAUUCAUCAUAUGAAGGACGCGUGCAGAUCAGCAAACUAUUAAUGGAUUAUGAGCCCCUCCUGGUAGUUUGUGAAGGCUUCAAGAAAAUAUUACCGAUUCACCUUGCAGCAUGGAAUGGACACUUAGAGAUUGUCAAGCAAAUGAUACUACUUCGCCAGGAGAAGCCAGUCAAUCUGGUGAACGCGCUUAAUAUAUUUAACGAAUCUCCUCUUCAUUUGGCCAUUCAACGUUCACAUUUUCAUGUCGCCGAAUAUUUGCUAAAAAAAAAUUCUGAUCCUUUUAUUCGCAAUGAUCAGAAAGAGAAUGCGUUAGAUAUUGCGGCAAGAAUCGGCCAUUCGGAAGCUAUUAUAUUAUUAUGUAAAAUGUGGCCAAAUUUUCCGAUCCAAUCGGCAUAUGAAAGCUUGAGAGGAAUAUCGAUUGGUCAGAAAACGAUUCCAGCAAUUUAUCCACUUCACUUAGCAGCUAAAAAUAAUCACGUAAAAUGCCUUGAGGCUUUAAAGAACGCAGGGUUCAAUCUUAACUACACGACAGAAGAUGGGACUGCUCUACACGUUGCUGCUGCUUGCGGACAGGUUGAAUCGGUUGACUUUCUUCUCACAAACGGAACGAAUCCGCAAAUUCGCAACCAACAUGGUCAUACGGCGCUGGAUCUUGUAAUUGAGUUGCAAUCCGGUAGAAGAUCGGAAAUUGCUUGCUUUCUGAAGAACCCCGAAGGAUGGGCGAAAUGUAGAAAAAUGCUUGAGGACUUUGAACGGCACGAUUCUGGUCGCGAAACUGAAGGAAGCCAAAGCGAUAAUGAAAAAGAAGCGAUUUGGCAGCAGAUUCCAAAUGAAGCGAGCGUCCAAUACUAUCCGGAUCAACGAAAGAAUAAUCGUCAGAUUUACCGUCCUCCUUCGAUUGCUGCAGUUUUUAGUAAUGAGUCAUCCGAUGAGAUCCAAACAGAUCAGAGUAUGCACUCCGCUUGUUCGGUGGUUUCCUAUCCAAAUAGUUCACUUACAAGAACGUGGAAUAGUUCUAUGUAUGAUAAAGUCACUGGAGUUCCGCGAUUCCCGAAAACAAAUCCAUUCAGCUAUGGUCGACAUAAUGCUUAUAGUCGUUGCAGUGACACAUUGCCGACUAAGCUGAAUGCAAAUCGCACAAAGCCAUCACCACCAAGAGGCUGUAUUCUUCCGGGACAAAGUUCGCCGUAUCGCGGAAAUCCUCCACUGUAUGAUGAGUGGAAGCAGAGUCAGGCUACCUUAAACAAUGGUGUUGUUAUGCCAAUGCUUCCGGGUCCUUACGACAACAUUCCACAGGAAGCUUUUGCAUUUGAUAGAGCUCAGUUGAGUGCACGAAAUAUGUCGGUGAAAAUGGCGAAACAAAAUGGAUACUCAACACUACCAACGCCAUCCGAUUUACAUAAAAAGUCUCGCACGCCAAUUUCUCCAGAAACGUUCGAAAGAACCCCAGUCAGAGAGGCAAACGUGACAAGAAAAAUGUCGCGCACGACAUGUGAUCGUGAGGACUCGCUUGGUUUAACCAACAGCCCACGUCUGGACACUCGUGCCAGCAGCGUGACUUCAUCAUUGACAUAUGCGUGUUCGACAUUGGAAAGAGAUCUGAAGACACCGGUCGAAAAUGGGCGCGCGCCACUUGCGAUGCCGGAAGAGAUCACUGGAUCGGCGUUGUUUCGGUCACCAGAAAAGGACGAUGACAUUACCAUAAUCUGCCGCGAUCCGUGCAAUCCGCCAUCGCCAAAUACUUCAAAAGCCACAAUUUUUGAGACGCUAUGCACAGUAAAGCCUUCUUCAUUCUCUGAUUCCAAAUUUGGAUCGUUCUUCACUACAUCAAACGCGGUUGGCUCAACGGGAAGUGUCAUAUCAUCGGAAUCGCCAAGCUCAUCGUCGAAGACGUCGGAGAAGUCGCCAUCAUCUCCAAGUAGCGCUGACAUGGAUCGCCCGACGAGUGUGCGCCUUCGGCGACAGAUUGGGACAAGCAAUCUCAAUUUGGGAAAUGAUGGUCAGGAGAAGGACUGGGAUGAAGUUGACAAAAUUUUCAGCUGUAUUGGAAUUGCGCCAUGCAGAGAAAGUGUGUUUAUAAGAGAGUAUGAGAGCAAUGUUGCCAAUUACCUUUGCGAUCCCGAUUCAAAAGCGGUCGCUCUGCAACACGUCGAUCUUGGUGGAAAAUCGGAUGCUAUUCAACAGGCGAAUUGCAAGAUUUCCAUGUACGAAUGGCUAGAAAAUGUGGUUGGAAUUCGUAAGCAGGACGCCAAGGAUAUCGGAGCAACAAUGAUCAAAUUUGGCUUUGACAAAUAUACUCAACUAAAGGGCAGUCUAGAUCUUGACACAAUGUCAAAAAUGGGAAUCGCCGUCGCGUACCAGCAAUUAAUUAUGAGCGCGAUAGCAAAAAUGGAAGAUAAGAGAAAGCCAGCAGAUUCGUUUUACUAUGUGUCCGAUUGGCUGUGCAGCCUAGAACUUGUCGACUAUCUAACCAAUAUUAUUGGAGCUGGUUUCAAGAAAAUUGAAACGCUGAAGAAAGAGAAUCUCACUGAAGCGUUCUUCAAGAAUAUUGGGAUCCAUUUGCCUGGACAUCUGAACAGAAUCAUGUAUUCAUUAUACCCGAAUGAAUCUGCUGCUGAGCGUCUCUGCUACAACCAUCAACCGAGACAACCAAGAUGUGAAGAAUGCCCGUCGAUAAACUUCUCCUUGAUAAAGAAUGCAUUACUUCGAGAUGGAAUUGUUUUUCGGGCGCAUCAUUUAGGUGCGCGACAAGUUGCUGAAGCUGAUAUCACUGAGGAUCAAAUUACACAAGCGAUACAAGCAAUGCAGUCAGCGAAAAGUGAUGUUCGCGAUUGGAAUCGAAUUCCAUAUGUGUCUCUUGAGCUAACUGCUAAUGGUGUUCGAAUAAUGGAUAUCAACAAGCAGAUCGUUCAGUCGUCCCAUGGUGUAUACAAUAUUUCAAUGAUUUGCCAGGAUCGCAAAGAUUUGAACUUCUUCUGUAUCAUUUCGCGUGGAUCCUACAAUAGAUUUGUAUGCCACACAUUUUGUGUUUUGACAUCGGCGUUGACAUAUGAAAUUAUUACUACAAUGGGAAUCAUGUUUGAGCUACGCGCGAGAAUCGACGGUCAUCGUUCGCUUGAUGAGCCAAUUCAAUGGUGUCCACACAUUCAAAAUUACAUUCAAAAUAAGUCCGGUUAG